AGAAGAAGAACAAACUCUUUUUUACAAUUUCUCUCUCUCUCGAACAAUUCAUGAAUCAAAUAAUCACGCAUCAUCGUCUUCGUCAUCACCAACUUCUUCAUCAUCAUCACCAUCAAUGUUAAAAUUCCCCCACUCUUUUCUUUUCUAUCUAAAUCCCUAAAAUCACUCUAAUUCUGACCCUCUUUUCCCAUUUCCCCUAACGCUUUGAUGAUUCUAAUUCGUCUGUGAAUCGUCUCUCUCGAGUCUCGACCCAUCCUUGUGUACCUAACCCCGGCACAGACUCUCUUCUCUUCUUCUUUCCGUGGCCCAUCUUCCAAAGUUUUUAAAACCCUUUUCCCCCAACUUUUUUUUUAUUGUUCUGUUUUUUUUUCCCGGGAAAUUUUAUCUCUUUUUUUUUUUUUUGUUCUCUGUCAUGAUCAUUACUUGUCAAGUAUGAUCCUUUAUUAGGUUUCGUUGGGUCCGAUCUCUCUUCUUUUCCUGUUUCUCUCCCUCUUCUCUUCGCAUACCCUGGUAAACCCUAGAAUCUCCUCUUUUCCAAAUUCGAUUUGUUCUGUUUUCUUCAUCUUAACCACCACUCAAAACUUUGUCUAGGGUUUACUGGGUCUAGUUAUAGGGGUCUUUUGUUGUCUUCUAUUGUAAAAAGUUUCUGUCUUUUGGUUCUAAUCAUGGCGUAUCAUUCGAUUCCUGGCUCUGGGUUUCAUUACUUGAACUCUCCUUUUGGUGAUACAACCUUUACUAAAGUCUUUGUUGGUGGCCUUGCGUGGGAGACUCAAAGCGACACUCUUCGUCGGCAUUUCGAACAAUAUGGUGAUAUCCUUGAGGCCGUCGUUAUUACUGAUAAGAACACUGGUCGAUCCAAAGGUUACGGCUUUGUGACUUUUCGAGAUCCAGAGGCUGCUAGGAGAGCCUGUGUCGACCCAACACCUAUUAUAGAUGGCAGACGCGCCAAUUGUAAUCUCGCUUCUCUUGGGAGACCUAGGGUCCCUAUGCAAUAUGCCAUGAUACCCAGCUUUCCUGGGCGGAUAAGACCUGCUCCCCCAUAUAUUGGAAAUGUGCAGAGUCCUCGCGGUUCACUAUUUGGAAGCCAUCCGCAUCAGCUAUCACCUGCUUAUAACUACCAACAAGGAGUGGUGUACCCUUAUGGGGUUACACCAUAUGGACCUGACUACAUGUACUCACAAUCUCAGGGAUUUUAUGGUCCUUACAUGGGUCAACAGUACAUUCAGGUGUAUGGAGUACCUGGGGCAGUUAACUCACCAGGGUAUCAAUACGGGCAAUUGAGUCAGAGUAUUCCCGGUGGUCAUGGUUAUACAGCAGUUCAGGGUUAUUCUCAUCCAGGAAGUCAUGUUCUGCAGCUUGGUGGCACUUCACCUAUGUCUGCUAUUCAAUCUCCAUAUCCUUCAGCUUCAGCUCCAACACAACAACGUAUCAUUGUCCAGACUCCUCAGUAUAUGCAAAGUAGUGGUUCUGAUCAAACAACGGGGUGAAAAAUUGAUCAACUUAGUAAUUCUUGAAGACUGCUGAAAAGGAAAAUAAGAAACUAAGGAUAAAAACGUAAAAGCUACUCAGAGUAUUGGCAGGCUUCCUGUUUAAGCUUUGCAAUUAUUUGUUUUUAGCAUUCUAGAGGUCAUAAGUAGUUCUUGCUCACUGAAGAAGUAAAAAAAAGGGUUGCAGGCGGAUGAAGGAAAAAGGAAAAUGGAACUUGCAGGGGUUGGUUGUGGUUCUGUUUACGUAACCCUCUCAUCAUGUGUAUAGACACUACAAGCUUUCUGGCAAUAAACUAUAUGAAUGGUUGAACCUCUGUCGUGGUAAACCGGUAGGAUAAAGUUUGGUGUAUAUAUAUACAUAUAAACACAUACAGAUGCAUAUAGAAUGGUGGAUUCAAAAUCUGAUUCUUUUGGUAGCUGAAGUAGUCUUGUUAUCACUAAACACUACUCUUUCAAGGCAUAGGAGAGUGUUUAGUAAAGAAAGAUUAUAAGGUAGAUUCUGAAGUCCUAUAAAGUCGACUCCUCUGCAGUCUGCAUUGUAACUAAAGAGGAAUGAAUGUCUAUUGUGUUGACUUAGCUUCUCGUCUGUGCAUAUAUGUAUCUUAGCUCGAGGAGUCUUCUCUUCUCCAUGUCUGUACAGAGUUUCUAGACUGAUAAGUUACUCUGUUUAUGACCAUCAUCUUCUGCUCA